ACUUUUCUCAAUUGUUUCCCAUAACCAAUUCAAAACUUGCAGGCCGAGACAUAGAAAUCAUCGGAAAAAAAAAAAAAAUAUUAGAAUUUAGUUUCGAAACAACCACAUUCUCUUUUCCUCAUCCUUUACAAACAACUUUUUUUAUUUUUCAACAACCAUGUCUCGCAGAUAUGACGCCCGAACAACCAUCUUCUCACCAGAAGGUCGUUUGUAUCAGGUAGAAUAUGCAAUGGAAGCCAUCUCCCAUGCCAGUACAGCACUUGGAAUCUUAGCCAAGGAUGGACUUGUGAUUGCAGCAGAAAAGAAAGUUGCUUCGAAACUGCUGGAUGAGACCAAGGGAGGCGAGAAGAUCUAUAUCAUCAACGACAAUAUGAUCUGUGGAGUCGCCGGUAUCACGUCAGAUGCCAAUAUUUUGAUCAACUAUGUCCAGACAGCGGCACAGCAGUACCUCUAUACAUACAAUGAAGAUAUGCCAUGUGAGCAACUUGUUCAGAGGCUUUGUGACCUGAAGCAGGGAUACACUCAAUACGGAGGUCUCCGUCCCUUCGGCGUGUCUUUCAUUUAUGGUGGAUGGGAUGAGCACUACGGAUUUCAGUUGUAUCACUCGGAUCCAUCGGGAAAUUAUGCUGGCUGGAAGGCAACCUGCAUUGGAGCCAACACCGCUAGUGCUCAAGGCAUCUUGAGACAGGAAUAUAAGGAAGAAGGCAUGACCUUGCAAGAAGCAAAAAAUCUGGCAAUUAAGGUCCUCAGCAAGACCAUGGACACAACAUCAUUGGGAUCUGAUAAACUCGAGGUUGCCACGCUGGAAUUGGUAGAUGGACGUGUGGUGCGUCGAGUCUUUAAUCAACCCGAGAUUGAAGCUCUUUUGAAAGAGAACAAUCUCUUGUCAAAGACAGAGGAGGCUAAGUAAAGAAGUAAAGGCAAACAAACACUAAAUGGGGCAUUAGUGUGAAGAAUGAAAUGAAAGAAAUUACUGUCAAUAAUAAAAGACGUCCAUUCUCGGGUAGAGUU